GGGAAGCGGGGGGGGAUCACGGGCAGGGAUGAGAUUGAUGAGAUUUUUGUGGAAACAGUGAAGGACGCCACAAAUACGCCUGAGCUAUGGCUUCGCUGUGCUACAACAAGGGCUGCGGGCAGAGGUUCGAUCCUGAGCACAACACCAAGGAUUCCUGCCUGUAUCACCCGGGCAUCCCCAUCUUCCACGAUGCCCUGAAGGGCUGGUCUUGUUGCAAGAAACGUACAACAGACUUCUCCGAGUUCCUCUCCAUAAAGGGAUGCACAAAGGGGUUUCACAGCAAGGAGAAGCCCCCUGAGCUUUUCAGCCAAGAGGAGCCUUCGGAUGAGCCGAAGGCCAAGCCAGUGGAGGAGCUCACCAUCCAAGGACCAAUAUCAGCUGAGAAGAUGCAGCGGGAAAGACCAAGCUCUGAUGAGCCAAGACAACUGCUGCCAAUUAAAGUAUCCAGGUCUCUGGAGCAGGCACUGGAGAAACUGAACCUGUCCUCCAAGGAUGAGGCACCUGAGGGCAGUUGUACAGGGGAGGCGGCUGCCCAGGUGAGAGCUGGCACCACCUGCAAGAACACAGCCUGCAAGGCAAUCUAUCAGGGCCUGGAGAGCAACACAGAGGUUUGUACUUUCCAUCCUGGCGUUCCUGUCUUUCAUGAAGGGAUGAAGUACUGGAGCUGCUGUGGAAUCAAAACUACGGAUUUCAGUACCUUCCUGGAGCAGCCAGGCUGCAGCAGCGGGCGGCACUGCUGGACAGGGAAGGGGGACAAGAAGGCUGUGACGUGCCGGCAGGACUGGCAUCAAACCAGCAGCCAGGUGGUGGUCACGGUAUAUGCCAAGAACCCCCUGCCCAUCCUCAGCAGCGUGAAAGCCAACCGUACUGUGCUUGAGGUUCACGUCAUCUUUGAAGGGAAUAAGACUUUCCAGGCAGAACUGGAUCUCUGGGGGGUCAUUGAAAUAGAGAAGAGCUUUGUGAGCAUGGUCCCUACCAAGGUGGAGAUCUCGCUUUGUAAAGCCAGCCCUGGCUCCUGGGCCAGGCUGGAGCUCGCCCAAAGCAGGCUGCACUCCCAUGGCGAGCAGGAGAAGGAGGCUGCCAAUACAGAGGAGCCGGGGGCAGUGCAGGGCGAGGACUCGGAUGACAGCUUGAGCUGGUCGGAGGAGGAAGACGAGGAGCUGGAGAUGGGAACACCGAGCAACUGA